GACUAGUCUCUAGCGUUAGGACACAGCUGAGAGGGGACACUAACUUACAAAUAGCCAAAAAUGUCAACAGACUGCGAGAAGGGCACGAAAAGAAGUUUACAAUGCACAAUGAAAAACCGAUACCUCAACAGACAGUUGUUUAUGGAUGUUAUCAUAUGGUGCUUUGUGUGCACCCCUGUGUUGUUGUACUUCAUUUGGGGGACGCCGUACACCCACGGCUUCUACUGUGACGACAUCUCGAUCCGCCUCCCCUACAAGAGCAACACCAUCUCCACUCCGGUACUCCUCACUGUGGGGUUAGGGCUGCCUUUAUUCACGCUGUUUCUCACGGAGAUCCUCAGGGUUAGCGUGGGCAGUGACGAGACCUUUAAGUCUCAGAACAUCGAACUGAUGAUGGCGGUCAAAGGGUUUGGAAUGUUCUUGUUCGGGACGAUGGUCAACAAAGUGUUUACGGAGAUCACCAAAUACUCCGUCGGAAGACUCAGACCCAACUUCAUCGACGUCUGCAGGCCGGACUUCACCAGCAUCAACUGUAGUCAAGGCUACAUCACAGAAUACACUUGCACGACAACGGAACACGACGCACGUGAAAUCCGAGACAGCAGGCUGUCAUUUCCUUCCGGCCAUGCGUCGUUUGGUGUCUUCUGCGCUGUCUAUGCAGUUUUCUACAUGCAAGAGCGAUUACAAGUGACAUCAUCCUACCUCCUAAAACCAACCAUCCAAUCAGCCCUGCUGUUACUCUCAGCUUGGUGCUGCCUCACCAGGGUAACGGAUCACAAACAUUUUCCGUCUGACGUCAUCGCGGGGUGCGUGUUGGGCAUCGUAACAGCGUGGCUCACGUUCUACAAGGUGGCGCUGGAUGUGCUGCAGACACAGCAGAGAGGGGAGGUGGAGAGAGCGUACUCUGUCAACUCGGAAACUGAGCCGGCCACCCCAGCUCCCUUACUGAGGAACUCUAAGGACCACUCCUGCACUGUCUACCUGAACAAUCCCAUCCACGGGACAGACAGGACUGUUAGUUAGAAGAACUAUCACACAGCAAGACGAUAAUACUCAGGCGAUUUCUCGAACACAAUUUUAAUUUAACCUUAUGGCCUUCACCAUUUGUUCGUAAAGUAUCGAAAUAUACCGCUCAAAGGAAGUAAGGAUAACCCUAUUCCUUGAUAUCAAUGUCAUUUGUCUUCCAUGAUUGAUCAUGAAGGUGUCGUUAACUUCUUUUGAGUAGAAUAUAAGACCAACUGCCUCUUGUAUACCUCAGUGUGGAGAUAUGUAUUAGGGUACACAGCAAAUGUUCUAGGAAUUGUUUAAGGAGUUCUCCCUUGAAUUACUGGAUCUGCUGUUCAUGGAAUCGAACCCCAGAUUGGUAUCGUUGGUUUGUGGGUAAGAUGUUAACCUGUACGACGUGCACCACUGUGGGCUUUCCACUCAAGCAGAUAAACUGAAGUCGAACUCAUUUAUCUGAAAGCUUUAUGAAAAUUCGAGAAUACCGAAUUUUUAAUGGGAUACAGGUAAAUGAGGUGCUCCCUGAUACUCGGGAUGCCUGCGAAUUUCAUGUAAGUCUUGAUAAAUAGUGCGAAUGUCUAUUUUCAAUGUUUAAGAUAUCAUGAGGUAUCGUUUUAGGUACCAUUCAUAUUUUAUGGCUGGGUGGGGUGGGAUGGGGGUGUUUGA